GUGAAACCGGGCAGCACCAAGAGACCACGUUUUACAGCGACAACAAACAAACAACAACAACAACAACACCUCGGGUGCAGCCGGGUGGAUGGAGGCGGUUCUAUCCCGAAUCUUCAAGUAUUCACAGAUUUUUAGUUCGUCACGCUUCAUCCUAGGCCAUCACAGCUGUGAGGCAUGUGCUUAGGACCCUUUUCUCAGCAUUCACAGCAUCUACUACGGUUUAGGAUUUGUUUAUAAGAAGUUCCUCGGACCUACAACCACUACAACACACCGGCUCUUUUCCACCAGCGAUAGAACCAACAGAAGCAAGAUGGCCGCUUGCAGCACGAGCCCCGCCAUUGUGAGUCGUAUCAUGCGUCCUGACGAUGCCAACAUCAGCGGGAACGUACACGGUGGGAAUAUCCUGAAAAUGAUAGAGGAGGCAGGGAUUAUCGUCAGUGCACGACACUGUAACCGUUACGCCGGGGAGGAGGGGCGAGAUCCAUGCGCUCCCAGUCUGGUCAGGAUAGAGAGGAUGGACUUCCUGCAGCCAAUGCAUGUGGGUGAAGUUGCCCAGCUUCAGGCAGAUGUGACCUUCACUGGACCACAUUCCCUGGAAGUCCAGGUCCAGGUGUGGGCAGAGAAUGUCCUCAAAGGGAGCAAACGGCUGACCAACAAGGCAACUCUCUGGUACGUUCCCGUUUCUACCGUGGCCAAAACCACGGCCGAGGUGCCGCCCAUGAUCUACCAAUCAGAGCAGGCAAGGGAGGCAGGACAGAAAAGGUACAACUACCAAAAGGCGCACAGGGAAGAGAACGACCACGUGGUGAAUAACGUCCUGGAACAUCGACCAAUGGACUUGGAGGCCGAGCUCCACACCGUACGGUACUCGCAGUCUUCUCUCAUCCACCUGGUGAACCCGUCCGACACCGCCAUCCACGGGUUCGCCACCGGAGGCUGCACGUUGAAGCUGAUGGACGAAGUGGCGGGCAUCACGGCGGCACGGCACGCCAGGAACCGCGUGGUGACGGCAUCCAUCGAGGCGACCAACUUCCACCGCCCGGUACCGAAGGGCAGCCUGAUGCACCUGAUGGGCAGGAUAACCUUCACUAGUGGCAGAACAAUGGAGAUCGAGGUAGCUGUGGAUCUGGAGAAGAUGACCAAUGGGGGAGUGACAAAGGAGCGAGCAGUAACAUCGUUUUUUACAUUUGUGUCACUGGGGGCUGAUGGGAAACCCAUUCCCAUCCCUCCUCUCAAGGUUACAACAGAAGAUGAGAGGUCCAGAUUUGAAGAAGGAAAAGGAAGAUAUGAGAGAAAGAAAGCUGAGAGAGAAGCUGCCAAGAAAAUGGAGACACAGAUCCAUCAAAAUUAGCAGAUCAACUAUAUUAGAGAUUAGUUGUCCAUGUGUCAACCACUUGCAUUGGAAUGUUCUUGUUUUAUGUGUUUGUAGUGCAGUAGCCUGGGUACUAUCCUCAGUAGUCAUUUGUUCGCUAAUGAUAGAUUGAGCCAGCAAUUAUGAAACACAAGAGUCAAGUAGUACAGUCACUCUAGAUCUUGGCUCCUAGGAUUCGAAACCCGCUGUCGCCAGCUUACGAACCCAGCGUACUAACGGCAAGGCUAAAAGGUCUGGACCACAUAUUUAUAUUGUAUGAUUAUGUUCAUAUUUUAGUGCAUAGAUUACAUAGAGUUCAAUCUGCAGUUCUUUGACAAUUUGUUCAUUUUAGUUUUUACAGCUUGAAGCUACAAUAACUGUACAGUAGUUGUGAACUUGAAGUCUGUAAAUGUCUUUAAUGAAAAAUCCAUAUACAAGUUGAGAGAAAGUAGAUUUACAAGUAAAUUUACCAGUGACUUGUGCAAGCCAGAUGUGAAAUGAUAUGUGAUAGCAAAAUGUGAAAUGAUAAUGUUAGGUGUUGUACCUAUAGAUACACAUUGUGUGCUAUCAGUCAAGUUUUUAUGAAGCUUGGUAAUUAUAUGAAAAUGUCUUUCUUCCUCCCCUAUUCAGUACUGACUAGCUUGAUGGUAAUCAAAUGUGCAAUAAAUC